AUUGUUUACAUUUAUUUCAUGAAGGAAAAAGUCUUUUAAAAAUACUAAUAAAUCGGUCAUGAGUGCUAUAAGUUUAGCAAUUCUUGAAGAAAUCGGUCUUGAGGGACUCGAUGGCAUCACAUUCGAAGCUCUUUGGGGGCGCCUUGGGAAGAGAGGCUGUUUCUAUAAUCAUGCGAAUUACUACACUGUGGCGUGGAACUACAUCCUCAAGCAUGAUUUCAUACAGUUUUACAAACUUCCAGAGCCGAGGAAAAAUAUCAAAAUCGUCGAUAGAACUGACGUUGAAGAAAUGGAAGCGACUGGAGAAACUGAUGACUUCUACACACUCAAGGAUGGUCAGGGCAUUAAUCAAGAUGGAGUGAUGGGAAUUUGCAAUUUCUACUAUGAGAGACUAUUAAUUGCACGAGAAACUCUUUGGGAUAAGACUUACUGGGAGGUUCAAGAAAUGUAUGGUAGCACCUUUAUUCUCGUGGCCAGCCAGGCAUACAGAGAGUCCCUCAUCAUUCCCGCCAACUUGGAGAAGCCCAAAGACUUGCCCGUGACGAUGUACGGAAUGCUGGAACUGGUGGGGCGCUCGAGAUUCCGCGGAGAGACUACAAACGGAUCAUCCGCCAUCAUGAGCUACAUAAAGGAUCCUCAAUCGAUUUUCUACAUGAAGAAGAAGCUCGUUCGCUUCGGUCUCAUCACGCAGCAGCUCUACUGCCGCUGUACUCCGAAUCAGGGCCUCCUGCGGACAUAUCUUCUCCAUCUGCCGCGCUUCUAUCGCGAGAACAAGUCCAGCUUCUGCCUCGCCGUGGAGAAGAUGGUGGAAUUCCUGAAGAUUCGACCAAAUUGCCUGGCUCCCUAUGACACGCUGAAGGCUAUGCUGGAGAGCGAGAACCUCACUGUCACCAAGCGGAUGUUCAAGUCCAAGGAGCUGCUCAGGUACGUGGAGACGGACAUCAAAGUGCCCUACCGCUACAUUUACCCCAACGCCACGGAAGCCGAGUAUAUGCUGAAAAGCAAGCAGGAGAAAAACAUCCGGGUGAUGCAACUGAAAAAUCCCAACAUCGACGUCAGUUCGCUGUGGCUGAAGGAUGAUCAGGACGUGGAAGAGGAUACCUUCAAUCCAGUCAGCGUAUCGCAGCGUCUCUUCAACGUGCCUCUCACGCGGCAGGUGUACUGGGAAGUGGAAAAGAGCGGCGAAAAAGGCAUCUCACAGACAGAACUGAGCAAAGUGAUGAAUCUCACUAAGCUUCAAUGCCGUGCACUGAUGAAGAACUUGCAAAAUCUGCGGCUGGUGCAGAUGUACACACAAGAUCAUGGGCGACAGAGAAUGAUGAGGUAUAUCCUUCCGAAAUACUACAUGGACAUCAAAGACAGACUGGCUGAGCUCACGAAGAAACACGACAGCAAUAGUGGCGAUGAACUGGUCACGGGUGAUCCAGAGGACAACUUCGAUGACAUAAGUGGUCCCAAGGAGAAUCUCUACUUUCAUCUCCUGCACAAUGUGAACGACAACUCCGAUGAGAUCUCCGUGGAGAUCGAAGACAUGGAUCGCAUGCAGAGAUCCGCACGACAGAGGCCUGAGAAUGCGAACAGACAAAUCUCGGUGAAGGUGUUGCAGCGUAUGGAGAUGCUGGAGAAGAUGGUGGAAAAGAAUCUUAUCUUCACGGACCUCCACCAAAUUGUCAACAUUGUGGUGGAUCGCGAGAAGAGACGUGGACAGCGAGAGAAGGUGUGUCGGAAGACACUUGAGAAGAUCCUCACGACACUGAAGUACGCGGGCAGGAUCAAUAUCUUCAAGGUGACAUUGAAGGCGAAGGAAACGGUGAAAGUGCUCUGGUUUACGUGUCACAGUUCCGUGCAUCGAGAUCAUCCCAUAAUGCUGGACGCAAUCUCGAGGGCGAAAUCACAGAUGCUACUGCAGAGGAUGCGACGCCAAUCGGCCAAACUUGGUGCCAGUGAUGGAAAGCCGAAGAUGUCGAUGACCAGAAAUGCCAUUCCGAAGUUUGUCCGGUUGCGACUUCUUCAUGAAUUUCUCUUCUAUCUUGUGCACGAAUUGCCCAUGGAGAAUGAUAUCCUGGACAAAAAUGCUGUGCUGACGGAAUGGCGUGAAACUUAUCCAUUCACCAAUGUUGACGUGCCCGACAAUAUGCCACCGAUUUACUGUCAGGAGUACGACUGGAGGAUGUUCAUUCCGCCGCUGAAGAAAUACAAGGAUUAUCCAAAGGGGUGGAUUAAGUUUGAAGACAUUCUCAUGCGCUUCCCGCUCACCUUGAUUAUCAAGAUGUUCCCGAACACGCUUCAGAGCUCACCCAUUGGAGAGUACUUGGCGCAUCCAAUUCGGCGGAAUUAUCUGCUGAAUCAGCUGCCAGAGGAGGUUCGGCUGCAUCUGAUGCAGUUCCGCGUGUACACGUCUUACAUUCACGAUGUAAUGAAGAAGCUGUGCUACAUGGGACUCCUGCAAUUGGGAAAUACACUCACGCAGAGUCUCAUCACGUUGUUUGUGUACGUGAAUAGGAACGCUUCGGUGAUUGACACCUCAUCUACAAGUCCUGGCUAUUUGCAGGUGGAAGACAAGAAGUAUCCUAUGACAAUUUAUUACUUUACAACCCUCAAUGAUGUGGAUAAGUACUGGGAGGAGUUGAUGAUGGUGUGCUUCUCCACGAGACUGGGCUACAGGAAGAGGUUCGAGGGUCGCGAAGUCACAGUGGAGUAUGUGCACACGAAGCCCGCCAUGGUGGCAACAUUAGCACCUAGGCAACCAUUGGAAGUGCUGGAAAGAGAUACUGGGAUCAUCCCGGGUGACCAUCUCGGUGCAGGAGGACUGGAUACGGUGUUCCAUGCUCACCUGAAGAGCAGUUGGAAGGGAAAGAAGAAGAGCAAAGUGACCGUGCAAAAGCCAUCCACCACGUCGAACAUUGUCAUUCCGAAGAUGAAGAUGUCUUCUGUGAUGCGCAGAAUUCCCAGUGUUAUCUCAUACAAGGCAAUGGUUCGUGAGCGACGAGGACGCAAGACGAAGUACACGAGGAAAGUUCCGAGGAAGAAUCAAGUGCGCAACAGGAAAGUGAUCUAUGAUGAGAUUGACAGGAAGGCCAUAUCAAUGAUGAAGACUUUGAGGGUGACAUGGACAGAUGAGGAGGAUAAUGUGUUGCUUCUCUGUCGCAUUGCACUGAUGUACUUCACGGGGAAGAGCAAGAACUUAUACGUGACUAAUCAGACAAUUCGUGACAUUCUGCACUUUCACGUGAACUCAGUCCACAAGACCUCCAAAGCGUGCAGUCGACGGAUUAUAUACAUGAUGAAGAACCUCGCCACCAGGACCAGUGUUGAGUCCUGCUUGUGUGAAGUGCGACAGAAUGACAUGAUCAACCGAAAGUACGGUGAGAACUUCCUGGAGAAGUUGAAGACAUUCUAUCACGAUGAGGAAUUGGCAUCAGCUCUCAAGCACCACUUGAUUAAUUUUUUCAUCAUUCUCAAUUCGAUGUUCUAUCGACUCAAUUCGCAACGUCUCACGGCUGUUAGUCUCCGGACGCCGGAUACUCUGGAUGAGUUCUGGCAGUGGUACAAAGAGACGAAUCCUGUGAAACCUAAGCUACGCUAUGCAGAUCCUACGACAAAUAACGAGAUUCAAUUGUGCACAAUCUAUCUCUUGUUUCACAGCUCCAUGUGCACAUCAAAGGACAAGUCUCCAUACAGCCUGCAACUAUUUGAAGUGUACAAGAACUAUUCGAACGAGUUGCUCGCCAAUGCAAUGGAAGCCAUUCGAAAUGACCAAUUGAUCACAUGCUGGAAGUCUGCGUCGAAGACGAAAAGUAAGAAGAUCAUUCCGCUGCAAUCUGGCCCGUAUCACCUCUCCCAACUGUAUCAUCUUCAACUGCACCUGCAUCUGCCUUAUGGCAUCUUUCAGCAGCUCCACGGACUCCUGAGCAACAGAGGAGAUCGCUUUGAGCUCAAGGAGAGCAUAAGCGGUGGUUGUUUCUUGUUUGCCGAACUCCUCUCGCAGGGCACCAUCGACGUGAGCUUUGAGUUGCCGAAGAAGUUGCUCGUGUUCAGCAACAAUCACUCCAUUGACGCACCCUAUGAGCGCAUAAGUUCGCGCUUCCACGGCAUCAUGAGCAACAUGCCCAGCAUGGAGUUUGACAAUGACACGCUGUCGACGAAGCAGAAGACACACAAGAAGGUUGCCUUUGCCCAGGACAAUGAAUCCUUCAUCUUCAGGCAAUUCUCAAUUGAGCGGUGGAUGAAGCUGCAGAGUCCUCAAAGUCACCUGUUUUGCUUCCUGCGCCAUGCGAAAUCCACUGAGAGCAUCCCUGAAGUGUCUUUCGAUGAAAUAUGCACCUUUCAGUGCCUCUUUCUCGAAGACAAUCCCCAAGACUUUGUCGAUAGUCUUGACGAUAUCACACAAACUGAUUUGCAACAGCUGGAAAAAACUCUGGAGACUUUUGUUGAGCUCUCUGAAAAGCUUGACAGACGGGAUGUGAAGGAUUUGGGAAAAAUUAAGUGUCGCAGAAUUAAUGUCAAUCUCAUAGAGAUCUUGAGAGAUCUCGUGGAUGAGACAUCCGAAGACUUGUCCAAGUGGCUGACGCAAUUCUAUCAGGCAGACGGCGAGGACGAUACUGAUAAUCUCAUCCCCAACACCUGGCAAAUUCGUCAGGAUCUCGGUGCCAAUUCCAACAUUGACGACUUCUGUGAGAAGAGCAAGAGAUUCGACAACUAUCUGAUACUGAAGGAGAUCAAACUCCAAUAUGAGAUCAAGUCUACAGCUGCUGUGGACAUGGAUGAUGCCAGACGGGAGAGUUUGUUAAAUAAGGUGCGCCACCACAGCAUCCUUAAGAAUCCCACAAAAUCAAUUGACGAAAUCCUAGAUUCCUUCGAAGGCGGCAUGAAGAAGAGCGCUCGUCGUGUAUUAGAUGACAUUAUUGAAUGUCAGGAAUUUGGGAUCACAAUGGUUGCUCUUGAACGUCGCUUUGGCGAGUCCCAUGCGACUCUCCUGACCACGAUCGUGGAGACUUUCAUUCAAGAGGCCAUCGUCCUGAAGAUGGGCAUCGUGGAGUACAGUUUUGUGUUCUGGAAGUAUGCUCAUCCCUGGGUAGUGAAGUCAUUCAACGUGACACGACUGGAGAGAGAAGCUCAGACUGGAGCGUCCACAUCGGAAGAGCCUCCAAAGAAACGCGCCAGAUCGUCCAGGAGAACGGCCAGCAUCUCCGUGCGUAGCGAAGAGGAUCUCAGUGGCCCGUCCAAGCACAAGGAGCGUGAGAUUUUCUUCAUGCGUCCUUAUCCAUGGAUCCGCGUCAAUGGCACACUCAAUCGUCGCGUCUUGGACAAGUGGAUGGGCUCUGUGCUGAUCUACCUGUCCAAGAAUCCCGGAAUAAGCAUCAGUCACAUCGCAGAGAAGUUCUCCUAUAUCCAUCCAACACAACUCAGGCUUCUCAUGGACAUUCUCGAGGAGAUCCAGUGCAUUGAGAUCUGCACAAUAAGAGCAUCUAAAUGCACACUCAGGAGCACCUAUCAGGCGCCCAAGAUAGAAAACGCUCACAAAUUAGCUCCAUUCGAUCGUACGAUUGUUGAGAUCCUUCCGGAUGCCUUCACGCGAUUCACCGCAUUUGUCGGUGAGCGGAAGUACACUAGUGACUUUAUCUAA